CCAUCGUCCUCAUUCAUUCCUCUCAAUCGCCCUCUGCGGCUCUUCCUUUGCAUUUCCUGCUCCGUGCAUUGUCUUCUGGCCAGCUUCUGUUUAAUUUUUUACUUCUUCUACCACAACCGACUGUGAAGCUCCUAACCGCUGCCUUCUCUACUUUCUCUACAAGAGUCGGAUAUUCAUUUCCCUUUUUUAUUGGCAGAGGUACAACUCCUGAAGCCAAAAGGAAAAAAGCAUAAAGCUGCGGAAUCAGCCUUCUCUUACCCGCUAGCAUCAUCAUUCAGAGCUGUUCACAAUGGCUUCAGCAACCAAGUUCCUGCGAGAGUACAAGCUGGUAGUUGUCGGCGGCGGUGGUGUCGGUAAAUCUUGCUUGACCAUCCAAUUGAUCCAGAGCCACUUCGUCGACGAGUAUGAUCCCACAAUUGAAGAUUCAUACCGAAAGCAAUGCGUCAUUGAUGAUGAGGUCGCCCUGCUCGACGUUCUGGAUACUGCCGGCCAAGAGGAGUACAGUGCCAUGCGAGAGCAAUACAUGCGCACAGGAGAGGGUUUCUUGCUGGUCUACUCAAUCACAUCACGACAGAGCUUCGAGGAAAUCACCACUUUCCAGCAGCAAAUCCUGAGAGUCAAGGACAAGGACUACUUCCCCAUGGUCGUUGUUGGAAACAAGUGCGAUUUGGAGGGCGAGCGAGAGGUCACCAGACAAGAGGGAGAGGCGCUGGCGAAAUCAUUCAACUGCAAAUUCAUCGAGACAUCUGCCAAAUCCAGAAUCAAUGUUGACAAGGCCUUCUACGACAUUGUUCGCGAGAUCCGAAGAUACAACCGCGAGAUGCAGGGUUACUCAACCGGCGGCGGCAACAGCUCUAGCGCAAACCCUCCCAAGCCCAUGGACAUUGAAGGCGAGGAGCAGGAGGGUGGCUGCUGCAAGUGCGUCAUUAUGUAAAAAGGCCUCUGCUUUUGCAAAGCGGGGAAAGGAUGGCUUGCAUUGUCUUGUUGUUUUAUGAUGCUAGAGGCGACAUUUCAUGGUGAAAACGAGAGGAUUUUGGACGCUCCAUGGCACAACGCGCGACGGACAGCCCUGAACGAUCGACGAAGCACGAUACCUCUCAAUGCAUCGGGCGGGGAGUCGGGUUCUGACUUGGGACACGCAUUCGGAUUUUCCCUUUUUUCUUUUCUCUUCUUUUUAUAUUUUCAUGUCUUGUUCUCUCCGUUGCGCUUGUCGAGAGAUCUACCAGCGGGGCAAAUGUGUCAGAUUCCAAACACAGCCUGGAGCCUUUGUCAGGAGCGCGUGCCUGCGUGUGAUUCUGCAGCGUGUUGGCGAAACGGGCUGUUCGUCGCACUACCGGAAGGAAAAAGAAAAGAGUCUCGGGAGGGUAAAUUUUGAAUCGAGGGGGAAGCGAAUGGAAGAGGAUGAGGCGCUACAGCAUGCGAGCGUGUAGCCAAAGGCCAAACAGGAGGCCUGAACCAUUAAAUUAAUAUCCUCCUGGGUGGGCUUGCGAGGAUGGUUUUUUCUGACUCUGAAAGUAUGGGUCAUACGUUCUUCUCUUAUAUCCCAUUAUUUCACACGUGUAAUUUCAUUUUUUUUUCUACUUACUGAUUGUUAACUUGCAUGGUAAUGAGGAUUCGCUUCAAAAUUCUACCGUCCUUUUGUAUCUAGGACAGCUUUUCAAUUUUACUGGGAUGCCCCCUUUUGGGCUAUUCCCAUGGCUCACUUUGAUGUUGCUCUAUUCUGGUGUUUAAUCUUUUUUCUUUUCUUUUUCUUUUCUUUCCUUUUUCCUUCUCCUUAUCUUAGCUUCUUGUUAGCUUCGUUUGCCCUUUCUUUUUUUCUCCUUUCCCUUUUGUCACUACCCCUCUUUUCUCUCCCUCGAACAGACAAAUACUACCACUAAAAUAAAAAGCAAACUUUUACCUUGUCGCAGGUUGAGUGUGCCGCUAAUCCGAGAAAGUGACUGUGCUUGGCUUCAAGUGGUGGCGCCAGAGAGAUACAAACAAGCAAUCCGGGCAAAGAGUACGGGGUGUCAAGUAUACAUAUAUAUACCGAUAUGUUGCAUUUUGUCAGCGGCUUUGUAUUGGUUCGAGCAUUUUACCCCGGAUUUUCAAUCUUGUUCAUGCAUUUGGGCAGGGAAAAUAGCUAGGGACGACAAGAAGAGUUGACACAUGAUGCAUUCAUAAACUUAUUCAGCAUCCUAGCGAUAGCUCAAGGCUUUAACUAGGAGGUACUUUGUGGUGUGUCCUUGUUAUCUUCCAUUUCGCUAUAUCAUGCGUAGGGACCGAGGUAUGUAUGCCGUGGCUGGAUUGUCAGUAACCAACACUUUAUUCAUCGGGUCGCGCUCUUGUAACUUGUCCAUAUAUAUAUGCCUUUGCUACACUUUUUGGGCUGCUAAAGAAGAAAUUCCUUGUCUACUCUAUCUAUUUCUGAAUAGCAAACAUCACACUAUAUCACGAGAAUCCCGUUCCGUCGGACUGGGACACUAGCGUCAGUGUGUCAAUAUCAACAUUCAGCUUCAUCGGCCAUUGGGAUCCAAUCAGGCUCCAAUGGAGUCUUGGCAUUAUAGAUAAUAAGCACUUUGAAUCCUCCUAAAAAUCGGUUAUUGGGUGUACCUGAGUCUCCCCCCCUGCAUCCAGCUGUGCUUAACCAGCGAUGACAAUCUCAGCCUCAGCCUCGUUGUGUAAGUCACGGCAUGUUAUUGGCCGUGUUUAAAACUAGGUGGUCACGCAUACGUUCAAGUGUUUAUAUUUUUUUUUUAUGCACGUCCUUGUAUAUCUACGACAUGACAGCCUCUUGGGUGAGAAGCUGAGAGAGCUGAGAGCGCGGCUCUCGUAUUUCUCACUUCUCCUAUGAAUCAGUUGCUGGCAUAUCCUGGUUCAAGGCGCGAAGUGUAUUUGUAAUUGCCAAAAUGGUAGGAGGAAAAGAAACCACAGUAAUAAUAAUGCUUGGCUGGAUUAUGCUUGGCUGCCACAGAUUGGGGGUAUUGGUCUUGAGAGGACGGAACGAGGUAUAUAAGGCCAGAUGUGUGCAGACUUGAAGCUGGAUUUGCUCUGCAACCUUCAGCAAAGAAUUAAUCCAGUUCUUGGCUCUCAAGGAACACCAUUCACAAUGGGCCUUUCAAAGACUUCGAUUCAGCUCUCUUACUUCUUCUUCAUAGCAGCUGCUCAAGCAUACACGACAUUUGAACCCGAUUGCUCAGCCCCUACCAAGAAAGUGAAUUACGUGAGGGAUCCUAAUUCCCGCGGUACACUCGAUAUACUGUUGAAAUCUGUAUUUGCAAUCUUUGCAUGUACUUGGACCAUUCAUCAUCCCAAUGUUCCAAGGCAAUAUCAUGGAUACCGGCGCGAACCCAAGUCACAGCCAGAAAACCAGGAUGCCAAUCCAGAUCUAUGCUCU